AAUGGAAGAGCAGGGCUAACCUCUUUAAUUUCAUGCCACAUGUCUUUUGCUGUGAUAGUCGAGGAAGACCCAGAUAUCAAAAAGCAAGGGCACUCAGAGAUAUGGACCUCAUCCGUCCCCUUAGCAGCAAUGCAAAAAGUUACGGGAUGGUGUCCAUUUGCAGUUCUAUACAAAUGCAAACUUGCAUCAGGGAUGAAAGGCUAA